AUGAAGCUCUACCUCAAAAAGAGAAGUGGCAAGUUCCUGGACGCCUGCGAGGUCUCCGACGAAUGCACAGUCGAAGAGUUCAAGCAGCACUUCUACAAGAAGUAUAGGUACUACCCGGAGAGGCAGUGGUGGACUGUGGGCCAGCCCCAGGGGCCGGCUCUGCGGGGUGAUGGUCUGUUGACGAGCUUUGGGGUGCAGGACGGCGAGACGCUGUUCUUCAAGGAUCUCGGUGUACAGAUUUCCUGGCGGUUGGUCUUCGUUCUCGAGUAUUUGGGGCCGCUUUUUAUAUUUCCAGCAUUUUAUUUCUUUCCUUCGGUUUUCUACGGAGAGAAAAAUGCGCCGCCUAAGAACCUGACACAGACCGUGGCGCUGUGGCUGUUCGUGGGCCACUUCGUGAAGCGGGAGCUGGAGACUCUGUUUGUGCACCGCUUCAGCAACAGCACAAUGCCCAUAGUCCGCGUGCCCCUCAACUGCGGCCACUACUGGCUGCUCUGCGCCGCCAGCAUUGGCUAUUUCCUUUUUCACCCCAAGUUCCGCCCCGCCUUCACCGGAGACUGGCAGGGCCUUGUUUACCUGCUUGCUGCGCUCUUCAUCGUGGGGCUUGUUCAGUAUAUAGAUAUAUAUAAUUAUAUAUAUAUUAUAUAUAUUAGAUGUAAUAUAGUAUAG